GGAAACCGACCUGUUGCAGGGUGCCGUCACUUGUUGAAGUGCAACGAACGCAGUCCGCGCGGAGCAGAACCACCCAACAUGCAGUUACGCAAAAUGAACGAAAUGUCGUGGGCUUCGGCCAUCGCGCUGACCAUUCUGCUGCUGAUUUUCACCUCUACAAUCGACACAACAUCCGCCCUCAGUUACCGAGGCUACAAACAGGAGAUGAAGGAACAGCCCGAUGAUGUACUGAUUGAUCUAAUUGCACGAUACGGACACACGAUGCUACGGGCCAAAGAUGAGCUAGAAAACUCCAAACGAACGGUAGACUUCGGACUAUCGCGUGGAUACUCAGGCGCACAGGAAGCGAAACACCGAAUGGCGAUGGCGGUCGCCAACUUUGCCGGUGGCCCCGGGAGGAAACGAAGGUUCGAGGGAAUCAUGCUGUAAAUUUCGAACACACUGAUGCGAGCCAACCUAUUUCUGUCAUGUUAUCAUGAAUGAAGAAGUGCAAUACGAUACGGGAGUGUAACGGACAAAAAAAACUGACGAAAGAAAAAUGAGCCUCACAACACAAUCAAUUCGAGCAAUACGACCGCUUUUUGUCUUCUGUCUAUUGUUGAACGUAGUGUUUAAAUAAAUUAAUGCCAGUUUUGAUAGAAAUGUAUCAAUGACGAUGUAAAGCA